CUAUAGUGAGAUUGAAGGUUGAAGGGUAGUAAACAGUUUUGUUUAUCAGACCUCACUGAAACCGAAAGUUACCGUAACGUUUGCUGGCGGUUACAGCAUUAUCGCAUACGCAGUUACCAGUCCAAAUGAGUCCAGACUACGAUUACCUUUUCAAACUUCUACUAAUUGGGGAUUCGGGUGUUGGAAAAUCCAGUUUACUCCUAAGAUUUGCUGAUGAAACUUAUAGUGAAACAUACAUUAGCACAAUUGGUGUUGACUUCAAAAUACGAACUAUCGAUCUGGAUGGUAAAAUUGUAAAACUUCAGAUUUGGGAUACCGCUGGCCAGGAACGUUUCCGAACGAUUACUGCUUCAUACUAUCGUGGUGCUCAAGGGAUUAUAAUUGUUUAUGAUAUAACAGACCAGCAAACAUUUGUAAAUGUCAAAAGUUGGCUUCAGGAAAUCACCUGUUAUGCAAACUCCAAAGUUAAUCGUCUUCUGGUUGGAAACAAACAUGAUUUGGCGAGUCGGCGAGCUGUUGACAAAUCGGUUGCAGAGGAGUUCGCGAAGGAAAAUCACAUGCCUUUCUUAGAAACCAGCGCCAAAGAUGCUACUAACGUUGAAGAUGCAUUCAUGGAAAUGGCUCGACAGAUCAAAGCAAGUGCUACACCAAUGCAAAAUAUGCUAUCUUCCACUGUACCAGUUAAUAGUACACAACCUAUUAAGAAAAGUUCAGGAUGUUGUUAAUUUCUAUAUUAUUUCGUAUAAUCUUGAAUUUAUUCGUCGGUUUAUUUUCAUGUGAUGAUUGUGCGCUUAUCAUCUUUUCUCUCUCUCUCUCCCUCUCAUGUAUCUCUUUACUACUACUACUACUUCAUUACUGAACUUGUGAUAUUAUUUUGUAUCUGAAAUUCACAGCACCGUUUAUCUUAUAGGAUUGUAUUUGUAUUCAGGUGCUAUAAUAAUAAUAACGAUAAUAAUAAUAAUAAUCAAUAACAUGCAGUGCGUUCCAACCGUAUUUUGUUGAUGUAUUUUAUUAUAGUUUCAUUUUUUUGGGAGUAAUUUAUUUCCACCAAUCAUUUCUUCAUCAUCCGAGGUCCGAUUUUUAACACCAACAUACUACACACAAGACUGACUGACUGACUGCACCAGUAUUUUUCCCCCUCUCUCUUUCUCUCUCUGUGGAAUUCACACACACACACACACCUUUUAAAAGCUCUUGUUUUCGUUGAGACAAAAAAAAUUGAUCUAUGUACCAUAUCUGUUUGUUCAAUCCCUUCAAUGGCACUAAUAAAAUAUUUGAUCUUGUUUGAGAUAUUCUAAUAAUUAUCAUGGGGUACCAAAAAAGGCCCUUUUCUUUCAUCGUUCAUAGAUUAAGGUAUGCUGGUGAAGCUUGAAUAUAUAUUGAUGAUUGCCUACAUUCUUGAACGAAUGUGUUGUUUCUUCAUAAAUGAAUAUAUAUAUAUAUA